AUGAAAACACAAAAAUACAAAUCAGAAAAACAUAAAAUACAAAAAUCAGAAUUAAUGAAAACACAAAAAUACAAAUCAGAAAAACAUAAAAUACAAAAAUCAGAAUUAAUGAAAACACAAAAAUACAAAUCAGAAAAACAUAAAAUACAAAAAUCAGAAUUAAUGAAAACACAAAAAUACAAAUCAGAAAAACAUAAAAUACAAAACAUUAUUUUUCAGAUAACUGACUUAAAAAUCGACAACAACCCCUUCGCCAAAGGUUUUAGAGUCAGCGGUGCUGGUAAACGAGAAAAGAAACGUUUAGCUAUACACAGGACAAACUCCUCUAGCAAUUCAGCUUUACAAAUUGCCAGAAUUUUGAGUGGAAAUAAUAGAAGCAAUUUAAAUUCUGAAGACGACAGUGAUGACGAUUUUGAAGAUAAUUUAGGGCCUACAAAAGCUAAAAGAGCAAAAAGUAAUUCUUCCAUAUCUUCUAAUUGUUCUAAUAAUGAAGGGGGAGGAGGAAUUAUUGAAAAUGGAAGAAAAAGAAUAUUUAAUUUAAACAAUAAUAAUAGAGAGAGGAUGACAACAACAACAACAACUUCUAUUGGAAGGGGAGGGGGAAUAAUGCACUCGUUGCCAGGAUUUCGACCUCAUUUACAAAUACCUACAAACAGUAACAGACCCCCACCACAACUACCUCCUCCACCUUUACAUCAUUUUCCUCUACCUCCCCAACAACAAUUAAUCUCUCCCUCUUUAAUUCAGCAUUUAUUAACCCCCUCAACAUCUUCCCUUUCUUCCUUAUUUCCAAAUCCUUAUCCACAACAUUUAACAAAUUUUCAAAAUUUUAAUAAUAACCAACAAUUGCCCCCUUCACUCAUUGUAGCUUUACAACAUAAAAUGGCCUAUGCAAAACAACAACAACAAUAUUUAAAUAAUCAGCAACAACAAAAUUGUUUAAAAAGAAUACAACAACAACAAACAUUAAUACAAAAUGGGGAACAACAAAAACAUUUGGAAGAACAAAAAUAUUUAGAAAAACAUCAGGAACAACAUCAAAAACAACAAAACAUUUUAGAAGAUAAACAUCAACAAGAACAACAACAAAACAUAGACCAACAAAAACAUCCAGAACAACAAAACAUUUUAAUAGAAGAAAAACAUCCAGAACAACAAUGUUUGGAACAACCAAAACAACAAAACUGCAUUUUAAAAGAAAAUACAAAAACAAAAACAUCCUCUUCUCCUAUUUUACAAAAACAACAACAAGAAACAUCUUCCCCUCUUGUUUCUAAAAGAUUUCAAUUUGAUGUAAACUCUUUGUUAGAGAAAAGUUGAGACAAUGUUUAAUUGACAUGUUGUGAUUGGAAACAAAUCUUGAUAUGUUUGAGGGACACUAGAGUAUGGGAAAUAAUUUUUUGAAAUUUUUAUUUUUUGAAAAUAAAAUUUUUUUGAAUUUUCAAAAAUGAAAUUCAAUAUUAAAAAAAAUUUUUUUUCUUUCCAAUCACACUAGUCAUACACCAAAUAAUAAGAUUCUGUCUGAUCAUCCAUCCUUUCUAUCCUCAAUUUUUACGGGUUCAACUAGGGCGUGGUCCCCAAUUUUCUUUUUAAUUUUAGAAAUUUUUUUCUUUUUUUUCUGUUGCUUUAGAUAUAUUCUUUAUUUAAUUUUGUAUAUAUUUAUUUACAUAUUUUGUAUUUUCAAUAGCAUUUUCUUUUUUUUUCUUCACCCAAAAUAUUUAAAAAAAUUCUUUCCCAACACCAUUCCACCGAUGA